AUGCCUGGAAAAGAUUCAGUGUCAGGAAACUUGGAGUCAGCACUUGGAGAAGGUGCAGCUAGAUAUAAUUCAGCUCUUGACAUGACGGUAAAGGCCCUCAUGAACAUAAACGUUCUUAAAGAAGAUAUAAAGUACAAUAAGCAACCAUUUCACGGCAACCUGGAAGAACAAGUUCCUUGUGAGCUACAAAAUUUAUUUAGUGCUGUUGUGUCAGGGGAAAUAAAAACUGAGGGAGUCUACAGUUUCAUCUUGAGAGACUUACUUGCUUCCCUAGAAGAAGCUAAGUCCAUGUCAAGUGGUGCUGCUGAGGUACUUGUAACCAUCCUUGAGUCUUGGCAUCGCUGGACAAAUUUAGAAAGAGAAAGCUUGGUGACACGCCUUUUUACAUUGGAGGAAAAUGAAAGAAUGCAUUGUAGAAAAUGCAGAAGGAUGCCAAAUUAUCCAGAGCAAAGUUCUUAUGGAAUUGUUAUGGCUGCAGAUUCAAUCCGAGACUUGAAGUGUACUUUUCGGAAUAUGAAGUUUGUGGAUAUUCUUAAGGUGAUGCGCAUGGAAUACAAAAUGUUAUGCGACAUUAAAUCUGGAGGCUGUGGAACGACAAAUUUUGUUCAUCAUGUUAUAAGUAGAUGCCCAUCUAUCUUCAUAAUCGUAUUAGAAUGGGAGAAGAGUGAAACAGAAAAGGAAAUUUUUGAAACAACAAAGGCUCUAGAGUGGGAGAUAGAUAUCAGCAGGCUGUACAAAGGCUUAGAACCAGGGCCGGCUUAAUACUGCCAGGGGCCCUAGGGCAAAUUUUUUUUUUUUUUAUUCUCUAAAAUUUAUAUAGAGAUAAUGUUUAAAAUAUUUUUAAAAUUUAGUCAAUAAUAUUUUAUAUAUUUUGUAAU